GUCAGAAAUAUGAAUGAAACCCCACAUUAACGUACACUACCUCGGGUUCACCAACCGUUACAUUUCCCCUACUGUCUCUCCCACCACCAGAAAACUCUCUCUCUCUCUCUCUCUUUCUCUCUGUGUCUAAUCUUUGUGAUAUGGAACCAGCGAAAAUUGAUUGGAAGAGAAUAGAGUCCAUAUUUGUAGAGGACGAGCUGUACGAGCACAUAAACGCACCCAAGUGGGUGGAUUUCUUGGCCCCUGAAGAAUCUGUGAAGGAUGAGGCCUGGUUUUGCAGACCCAAUUGCAAGCAUCCAAGGACGGCUGAGGACUUUCUCAAGUCAACUCCUUCUAAGCUCACUAGCUCAGCUAAUGGUACUGAAUCUCUUCCACUUCGCGACCAGAAUAGAAGAGAUGCAAAAUUGAAGAGAAGAGGACUUACUCAAUCGUCAGUUUCUUCGAAUAGCAAUUCCAGAUUCAAUGAAGAUACCGAAAAUCAGAACCCGAAUCUAUCGACUCCCCCAAUUCUCCAAGCGAAUUCCAUGAAAGCAGCAAUCAAAUCAAGCACAGAGAAGAAAAAAAUGGCUGACGACAUGUCUCAGAACAAUGAGCCGCCGAGGCUGAAAAGCACUCUCUCGGCAAGGAACUUGUUUGCAGGGCGGGAUAUAAUUAAUCAGAUUACGGAGUUUUGCAGUGAACUGAAGAGAAUAGCAACGAGGACGAGGGAGAGAGAGAACGUGGAGAGGUUGAUUGUGGAGAAGAUCGAAGUGGGUGUAGAGGAAAAAGUGGUGAAGGAGAGUUCUUGUGAGGUUUUGGGGGAGGUGAAUGGGAGGGAGAAAGAGAGGCAGCCAUUCCUUGAAGUGGGUAAACAGAAAUCUCCGGGAAUGGGGGAAAGCAGUGUUAAGGAGAAGCUGAGGAGGAAGAAAAGAGCUGAUGAGGCAGAGAAUGUUCCAAUUUCUCUAGAUUUGAAUAGUUUAAGGCAUAAAAGGGAGGAAACUUUACUGCAAAUCCGAACAAAUCCUCCAUCUCCUCAAUGCUUUUCUGCUACUCGUGGGCUGAACAAAACGACCCCAUCAAAGGCUUCUAAAUCCAGGCUGAUGGAGAGGGGAGUACUUCAAGAAGUGGAGCAAAAUAAGGAGGUAACGAAAGAAGAAUCUGCAGAAAAGGGCCGAAGUGUAUCUAUUGUUGAUGGCAGAGAAGCAAGAACCUUGGACGUGUUUUGGUUCCUUAAACCUUGCACACUAUCCAACUAAAUGGUUGAAAAUUGAGCAAGAAAUUAUUAUAAUCCAUUCUUUCAUUCAUUGUAUUGUACCCUAUAGAACUUUGAUUUAUUUACUUACACCUCUCAUAGAUCUA